AUGGGUAGGAGACGACCAUUUUCUAAGACGCAGAAGAAAAGUAAUAGUCAGAAAGACCUUUCUUCAAACCAGCAGAGUAAGGACGAGAGCGGUGGUGGGGAAGUUAAUGAAGGUGAAAAUUAUGUGGUCGAAAGAGUGAUUGGUGAAAGAAUCAAUGAAACGACGGGAAGACGUCAUUUCCUUCUUAAAUGGCAGGGGUAUUCUAGCGAAGAUGAUACUUGGGAGCCAGAAUCAAAUUUGGAUUGUCCGGAUCUAAUAGAUGAAUUCUACUUCCGCAUCAACCGCAAAAGAGAUGAUUUGAACGUAGAAGGUGUAAAAGCAAAAGUUAAGCGGUGUUCAAACUAUAUUGAGUUUCUUGAACUUGAUAAUGGUGCGUAUCAGUUGCAGUCUGGAUGCGAUCAAAGUGACAAUUGGAAGGAGCAGCAAAAUGGUCCUGAACAAAGCAAGACGCAAACUGAUGGACCAGAAGUCAGUGCGGAGAGCAGCAUACGAAAGAGCCAGCAGGAGAAUUCCGAGAAGACUAACAUGUUAAUAGACCGGCAGACAGAGUCGGAGAAACCCAAAAGUGGUAGUUUAGACAAUGCGAUGUCAGUUGCCUCAGCCGCGGAUGUUAAAAUGACAGAAAAGAACGAUUAUGCCAGCAGUCUCAGCUGUAAUAAGGAUUUGUCAAACAAGCGUGAAGUAUUAGAAACCAAGAGUCUUAUGCAAAAAGGUGCUAUUCCACAGUACAUCCUAACAGUAGUUGUAAUAUUUUUUUUCUUUUCCGUGCUGAGUUUUGCCUUUUUCCAGUGCUUACAAGCUUCCUCGUUAGAUAUUUUAAUUAUAUUCCAGGAACCGCAUGAAGACCACCCAUUUUCUUAUGUUGUGAAAUACAAGAAUCAGAUUAAUAUGGAGUGCGUACCCAGCGAAGUUAUUAGCAAGAUGUGGCCACAGGUCGUUAUCGAUUUUUAUGAGAAGUGGCUCACGGAAUCCAAUCCUUGA